CCUAAGCCCCGCCCACUCUGUUACGUCAGUCCGCGCCUCUGCUCUGAUUGGCUUUCGGCGGAACGGCUGCGUGGCGGUUUCAGCCUCUGACGAGAGAAAAGCAGUUAUUCUUCUCUAGACGGAGUUUCAGUCAUGAAGCAGCGACAGAAGAGUGCACAGCAGCAGCAGAGCGGAGAGAAGCGGAGGACCGAGGAAGAGGAGAAGAGGUCCUCUCGCUUCAGGCCUGAUGGGAAGCUCUGCGGCGCUCUGAUGUGUGUCUCGGUCUCGGUCUUCAUCACAUGGCUGCACGUCCAGCAGGAGGCGAAGCUCGCAGCAAUCGCCGAGAAAUACGAGCGUUUGUGUGAGAAGAGCCGCAGCGUGCUGGAGCUGGAGGAGAAAAUGGCUGAAGUCUCUCAAAAGCUGCAGGCCUCUUCUGCGCUGAAACACGCCGUCAGCUCCACACUCAACACCUCGGCCGCGCUGCAGGCGAAGCAGCAGGCGUCUUCACUCCUCCUUCACACACUAGAGGAGCGUGUCAUCGGCGCGACGGAGGCGCGGGGGAGAGCUGUGAGCGAGGAGCUGGAGGAGCUGAAGAGGCGCUCGCGAGCCGCACACUCACACGUGACGGAGCAGGUGAACGCGGCCGAGGCGCUCCUGCGUGAGCUGAGUGAGCGGCUGCAGGAGGUGCAGGACGGGACGGGGAGGAACGCGCGGGCGCUGGAGCGCAGCGAGGAGGAGGACGCGGGACGCGUGAGCGAUCAGCUGCACUGGAGCGAGCGCAGAGUCUCACGGCUCCAGGAGCAGCUGCAGCGUCUGGAGGAGCAGCGGCUCGAGCUCCGGCAGCGGCUGGACACCCGCGCUCCUCAGCACACGCACCUCCCCGCCGCAGAGGAGGCCGUGCGCUCCAUGCUCAGGGUGCGCGCGCAGCUCAGCGCCAUCUACAGGAGGCUGGAGGAGCUGCGGCUGCAGGUGCGGAGCGCCGAGGGGCGGCUGAGGAGGACACCACACCACAGCUGAACUCUGAUCUGACCGAGUCCAGACGCACCACACUCAUGUGUCCCAUCUACUGUACUUUAGACAAGCUCCAUUACUUUGACAAGGCCAAAUAUUACUCCGUGACAAGUGCAAGUUGUAAAGACAGAUUUUUACUUAAGUAAAAGUACAGAAGUACUUGCUUUUAAAAGUACUUGAAUACUACAUUUCCCUUUUUAUGUCAACGCAGUAUUUUUUGUUAUUAUUUAUUAUUAACUUUACAACAGCAACACUGCUUUAACAAAACCGCGAGACGCCUGACCAGACGCUCAGCUGGACUACUGUAUGUACAGUGGUGAGUAUUACAGGCGAUGGCAUUUUAGCCAUAAUGUUGAUUGUUUAUCAUUUCUGCUUGUCCUUGUUUUUCUUAAAAACAAAGCUGAAAUCUGGGUUACAGCAUCUAAACAGGAUGUAAACAAUGUACAUGUUAAAAGUUUUAGUGUGGAAAAACACUUGCUAAACAUUUCAGAGUGAAGUUAUAUCCAGUUUUACCACAGGCAGUGACAACAUAGUGCCCAAAUGAUAACACCUUUACAGCUCAAUAAUACAUAUUUAAACAGAAGAAUUGUUUUUAAACACACAUUAUUUCACUGUGAAAACACUACCUUUACUUGAAAAUGGCUAUAAAAAUGAGAGCAACUUGUUUUACAAUCUGUAAAUGAAGAAUGGGUAUAGGUGGUUUAAUCAACUGAACUUCACUUUUCUGCUUGUAAAUCCUUCAAAAACCCUGUUUACUGGCUGAAUGUAAAUGUUGAGAUCAGUCACAAUUGUUUAUUUUUUUUUGCCU